AUGCUCCGCGUCAUUCAGAAGCGCUGCAACUCAACGGCGCCGCUAAUCCGCCCGAUUCAUCGGGUACUGAUCGCGAAUCGCGGUGAAAUUGCGAUUCGCGUGAUGAACACCGCACGAAAAAUGGGAAUCGAGACCGUUUCGGUCUUUUCCGACGCCGAUAGAAACGCUUUAUUUGUCAAAAGAGCCGAUAAGGCGUACCAUAUCGGCCCAGCUCUGGCAUCUCAAAGUUAUUUGAAUUAUGGUAAAAUUAUUGAAACAGCGUUGGCUUCUGGAGCACAAGCCAUUCAUCCGGGUUACGGAUUCUUGUCGGAAAACGCGGAAUUUGCUGAUAAAUGCGCUGAAGCGAAUCUAGUGUUCAUCGGACCACCAGCGCAAGCAAUUCGCGACAUGGGCGCCAAAAAUGUGUCGAAAAAAAUCAUGGAAGACGCCAAAGUGCCAGUGGUGAAGGGAUUCCACGGCGAGGAUCAAUCGGAUGCAAAUCUGAAGAAGAAAUCUGCGGAAAUUGGCUACCCGGUAAUGUUGAAGGCGGUUUAUGGUGGUGGUGGUAAAGGAAUGCGAAUCGCGUGGAAUGAGGCGGAAUUUGACGAAAAGCUGGCUUCGGCGAGAAGCGAAGCGAAAAAAUCGUUUGGAAACGAUGAAAUGCUCGUCGAGAAGUUCGUUGAGCGACCACGGCAUGUUGAAGUUCAAGUGUUCGGCGACCAUCAUGGAAAUUAUGUGCAUUUGUGGGAACGCGAUUGUUCGGUUCAGAGAAGGCAUCAAAAGAUUAUCGAAGAAGCUCCGGCGCCACUCAUUUCUCACGAGACGCGCACGAAACUCGGAGAGUCGGCAGUCCGCGCCGCUUCCGCCGUUGGUUACGUCGGCGCCGGCACCGUCGAAUUCAUAAUGGACCCACGCGGCGAUUUCUAUUUUAUGGAGAUGAACACGCGUCUGCAAGUCGAGCAUCCUGUCACCGAGGCGAUCACCGGCACCGAUCUCGUUGAAUGGCAGCUGAGAGUCGCACAAGGCGAGAAGUUGCCGCUCAAACAAAACGAAAUCCCGCUGAAUGGUCACAGUUUCGAGUGUCGCGUUUACGCGGAAGACACCAAAAACGGGGCAUUCAUGCCGACCGCCGGCAAACUCAACUAUGUCGAUUUUCCGGAAGACGCUCGCAUCGACACCGGAGUGGUGUCUGGCGAUGAGGUGUCGAUCCAUUAUGAUCCGAUGAUCGCCAAGGUUGUCGUUUGGGGACGUGAUCGGGCCGCGGCGGCCGCCAAACUUAACAGUGCACUGGCUCGAACCCGCAUUUCUGGUUUGCCGACGAACAUCGGAUUCGUGAGAAGCGUCCUCGAACAUCCGGAAUUUGUCAAGGGCAACGUUUAUACUGACUUCAUUCCGGACUUUCAUGAUGAGCUUUUCGCGAAACGCGAAACGCCUUCGGAGAUUUACCUUGAAGGAGCUGUUGCUCAAGCACUUGCUUCGCUGAGCCGCUCGACAAAUGGUCCCUUUGAGACGUUGAAGUUUGUCAGGUUGAAUUUGAGCCCGGUGGUUACCUAUAACGUUGAAGGCAAAGAUGUCAAUGUGAGAUUCUUAUCAGAAUCUCAUCUCGAAGUCGCUUAUGAUGAUUCGAAAUUCGACGUUCGUCUGAAUGACGUCGUCGAGACGAAUUCUGACGAAUUCGCGUUCACACUGGAAUCGAACGGACGCCGUUGGACGACGAAUGUUAAAUCAUUGAAGGAGACGCUGAUUGUGAACGGCGUCGGACAAAACGAAUUCGAUUCGCCGCUUGUCAAAGAAUUCGACAUCGUUGCCGGCGCUGGUGGUUUGCCGACGGCAGUCGCCCCGAUGCCCGGAAUCAUUGAGAAGGUUCUUGUCAAUCCUGGUGACAAGGUAACAAGCGGCCAAGCUCUCGUCGUGAUGACCGCCAUGAAAAUGGAAUACAUAAUUCGUGCUCCAGAAGAUUCGACGAUCGAGGCAAUCAAAUGCGCACCGGGAAAGAAUGUGCCGAAAAAUGCGGUUCUAGUCCAAUUCGUCUAA